CUGCCACCACACAACUUGAAGGUCAUACACGCACAUUUGUCCUCUGCCGCCGCCGCCGCCUUCUCCUCCUCUGGCUUUGCCAUCACGAUACUCGCAUAGAGAGAAGAGAGAGAGAGAGAGAGAGAGAUGCCGGCGGGCCAGGUGAACCAGAACGGCGUUGGCCCUACGGCCGCGAUGGUGCCGACAUACCCACCGCCGGAGUCGGAGACGGAGGAGUCGUGGGUGUGGGCGCAGAUCAAGGCGGAGGCGCACCGGGACGCGGAUUCGGAGCCAGCGCUAGCGAGCUUCCUGUACGCGACGGUGCUGUCGCACCCCUCCCUGGCCCGCUCCCUCGCCUUCCACCUCGCCAACAAGCUCUGCUCCUCCACCCUCCUCUCCACCCUCCUCUACGACCUCGUCCUCCACUCCUUCUCCUCCUCUCCCUCCCUCAUCUCCGCUGUUGUCGCCGACCUCCUCGCCGUCCGUCACCGCGACCCCGCCUGCGCCUCCUUCUCCCACUGCCUCCUCAACUACAAGGGUUUCCUCGCCGUCCAGGCUCACCGCGUGUCCCACCACCUCUGGACCCAGAACCGCCGCCCCCUCGCCCUCGCCCUCCAGUCCCGCAUCGCCGACGUCUUCGCCGUCGACAUCCACCCCGCCGCCCGCAUCGGCAAGGGCAUCCUCCUCGACCACGCCACCGGCGUCGUCGUCGGCGAGACCGCCGUCAUCGGCAACAACGUUUCCAUCCUCCACCACGUCACCCUCGGCGGCACCGGCAAGGCCGUCGGGGACCGCCACCCCAAGAUCGGGGACGGCGUCCUCAUCGGUGCUGGCGCCACCAUCCUCGGGAACAUCCGCAUCGGCGAGGGGGCCAAGAUCGGGGCCGGAUCCGUCGUGCUGAUCGACGUGCCCCCCAGGACCACCGCCGUUGGGAACCCCGCCCGACUCGUCGGGGGGAAGGACAAGCCCGCCAGGCACGACGACCUGCCCAGCGAAUCCAUGGAUCACACAUCCUUCAUCCAGGAGUGGUCCGACUACAUCAUCUGACCUCCUUGGUUGUGCCCCUUCUCUCUUCUCUCACCUUCAUCUUGUUGCUUCUGAUGCUACAUCGUAACAAGUAACUGGCUCUCUUCCAGCUAUCAUCCGCUUCUGUUUCUUCUUCUUAUCUACAUAUGCUGUCAGACUGCCAUGAAUUACUUAUAUGAGGACCUGUAGUAGGUCAAAAGUAAUACAUUAAAUCGUUGUAUCUUCUUAUUGUGUUUUGCUCUUAUCUGGGCUGGAUAACUAUAACAUGAUUAAGUGACCUUUUGUAUCA